AGUCGCUGACUACAAGGGUCCCGGGAGCUACGAAAUCAACCGCCGCCGCAGAGAGGAUGCAGGUCUUCACGAAGCGGACAGCACUGCGCGCGGAUCUCGCACCGAUCGUGCUGCUCGAGCAGAGGUGGAGUACGAGCCGAUGGUGAAAAUCGAACAGAACGAUGGCCACGGAAAUCGCACUGCAGGUGAGCACCCCUCCUCCUCCUCCUCCCCAACCCAACACCACCCGAGUACCGCAGACCAUCUGAUCGCAGCAGUAGAAGCAGCACCCGAAUCCAGCUCCAGGAAAGCAAGCCGUGCCAGUGCCAGAACAUACGAGUACCAGCCCGUCGAAACGAGUACGCAGACUCUAGGCCUCGACAAGCGUCCGGAAGAUCAGCCUCAUCUGAUCAUCGACGAAGUGGGAGGCCGUCGUACUACGCGGAGGAGUGUUGCUGCUCCUGGCGCGUAUACGGCUGCUAGUAGGAUUGCUGCCACUCCGGCUCCGCCUGCAGUUCCGGCGGCAGCUCUCAGCCGUGCACAAACAGUCGCACCCAGCUCCAAACCCCGUCAACAACGUCAAGCAUCAGCAGCGCCGACUCCAGCUCCUGCUCGUCCAUCUUCAUCAGCGCCUACAUCGGAUUCCAAUGUGCGCCAACAACGAGCAGCAACAGCAGUACCAUCGCCUGCCCCUGGCUCUAACAAUGCAACUCUCAAGAACACCAAGCGCAAAUUCUCUCCCGGCAAGGUCCCAGAGACGAUUGACGAAGAGCACUCGGAAGCUGAUUCGCAGGAUCUGGAUCUGGGGCCUCGGAAGCGGGCUAGGCAGGGAAGUGUGGGUAGGGGGAUGGUUGAGGAGUUGAAGAAGAAGGUCAGCGAAGAGGAGGCGGCGGGUGUGGAACAGGGUGAGGUUGUGGAGGAGGAGAUUGAGCAGCAGCAGCAGCAGCAGGAUGAGAUGGAGGAAGAAGAGAUGGAUGAGCAACUGCUGCUGCAGAUGGGAGAGGAGGAGAUGGAGCAGCUGCAGCAGGAGAUGAAGGGAAAAGAGGUCGAUCAGCAGCUGCUGCAGCAGAUGGGGGAGGAGGAAAUUGACGACGACGAAGAGGAAUACGACAGCGACACCAUCGAGGUGAAGCCACGCGUGAAAGGCACGGAGCCCGCCAAGAAAGCAAAGGGUGAUGGGAAAGGGAAGCAUAGCUCCUCGCAGAUGAGUCAAGCUCAGCGAGCCGUGGAUGAGGUACCGAGGAGGAAGUGAAGGAAUCUCAGAGGCGGUAUGAGCGAUAGUUCUGAACAACGACACCGAGGAGGAUAGGAAGACGGGCGAUGGGAGAGUUACUUUUGCUUUUCAGCAUGAUUUCAUGGAUUUUCGUUGCUUUUGAGUACUUACUUUGACGUAUUAUGGGAAAGGCUUUUUGUUGCGUUCAC